AUGGAUCUGCUGGAUUCAAUCAUGAAAUCGAUGGAUAAACCGCCAUCCUUAUCGCAAAAAGAGAAAAAGAUCCAACGGGCUAAGAAAGAAUUUUUGCAAAAACAACAAGAAAAGGAAAAAGAAUCCAUGUCCAAAUUUAAUACACAGGUUCUAGACCAAAUUUCGGUAUUUAUCAAUGACGCAAAUGCCAAAAAACUGACGUAUGAACCGAUGGAUAAAAUUCACCGAACUGCUAUACAUGAAAUAGUUGAAAAUGCUGGUUUACUAUCAUACUCUUUCGGACAAGAAGGUGAAUCUCGUUAUGUAAUGGUCUUCAAAAAGGAAUUUCCUCCAUCCGAAGAAGAAUUGGCCGCAUAUAGACGAGGAGAGGUUAUUACUAAUUUCUUAUAUUAUUAUGAAAUUGCUAAAAAGGAUAAUACUGACAUAGAUGAUCACCAAGAAGAGGAUAAAAUAAAAGACAGCAAGCCCAAGCGAGAUUAUAGGGAGAAAUAUAUGAAAAUAGUCGGAAAGGAGAGUGGCAUUGAAGCUGCAAAAAUCACUGUUCCUAAUGAAAAUUUUGGAUUUGUACCAAGUAGUAACAAAAGAGAUCAGCGCUCGAUUGAGGAAACUCUGAACGAAAUUCGUUCCCGAAAGCGUUCUAAGAAGGAGACUGAUGCUAAGAACGAAGGUGAAGACUCUGGUGAACAGAAACAGUAA